AUGGACAAAAACGAGCUGUUGCCGCACCGAUACAAACUGUGUUGCGUUAUCAUGCACUUGAGCUGCACCAUGGCCUCGAGACACAUCGCCUAUGUGAAAGCCAGCAAUCCGUCCAUCGACUACUUCAACUUCCCCUGCGAAAGCAUCGAUUGUUGCGGACUGCAGAUGUACAAAAACGUUCUGGUGCGAACCGCCAACGAUAACUCUGUGGAAGAAAAAAGGCAGCACGGAAGACAUGAGGCUGGAGUGCAACGACGAAAACCUCAGACCCAUCUCCACAAAGAAGUUCGUGGACUUGUCGGGCUCCAAGCCAAACUCUUCGUCGACCCCUAUCUGCUGUUUUAA